GUGUACAUGAUCUAGAAUGUAGCUUUUCUUCUUUAGAUCCUUUUCCACUUGUAGUUGUUGUAGUUGAUUGCAACUCAAUCUCCAACCCUUAAAUUUGUCUUUUUCUAGAAUCUCUUUGAAAAGUUCUUGGAGAUUAAUUUUGACAUCACAUGUCAAAUAGUUUGUCAUAUAAACCAGACAACCAAAUUUGCUGACCAUAGAUCUAGAAGGUCAUAAAAUGUGGUUGCCCACAUGCCAUCAACACUGUUUGCGUUUCUGCCAUUUUUCCUGCUCUCUGUAAUUGAUAAUCAUUAAUAACCGCUUUUCUUAUUGACAAUUUUGGAGGUAAUUUUAGUGUGGUUCCUGAUUGAAGAAGUGCUGUUUCAAUUAGAACAACAUUUCUUUGCUUUUCUGUACUAUUUAAUCUAAACUCAGUCUCCAAACUUUUUGAUUCAAACUCCUCCAGAAGGUCUUUCAAAAGUUAUUGAUCUUGAUCAUACAAGUCAAAUAGUUUUGCCAUAUAAACCAGAUCUACUGGCCAUAGAUCUACAAGGUCAUAAAAAAUGGUUGCCAAGAUGCCAUCAGCUCUGUUGAUGUUUAUGCCAGUUUUCCUGCUCUCUGUAAUUGGUACAUGUAGUGGAGAUCAAACAACAGCAUUUUUUGUUUUUGGAGAUUCAUAUGCAGACACUGGAAAUUACCAUCCUCCUGUGAAUAAUAGCAUAGUUUCAGCAUGGAAGUAUCCAUAUGGUAUCACUUGGCCUGGGCACCCAUCUGGCAGGGUAUCAUCUGGCAGAAUUCUUACAGAUUAUUUAGCCCAAAUCUUAGGUCUUCCAUCUCCAAUAACUUACAGGGUCCUGAACAGUUCAACCCAUCACAUAGUAGCAUUGCAAGGCAUAAACUUUGCAAUAUCAUACAGUGGGGUAUUUGACUCACUCGGAGUUCCAAAGCUGAGCGUCCAAGUUGGAAAUUUCAAGGAUACCAUUAUAUCUCAGAAAUAUGAUUCUCAUCAUCUAAAGCACUCAGUAGUUCUUCUCACUCUGAAUGGAAAUGAUUAUGCUGCUACAAAUGUUAGCGCAGUGGGAACAGAGAAGUUUGUCAAGAGUGUUAUAACAGAGAUGAAACUGCAGCUCACAGAGCUAUAUAGUCUUGGGCUAAGGAAUUUUCUGGUAUCAAAUAAUAUGCCCUUUGACUGUCAACCUGGUUAUCUACAGUCUGGAGCGGUAUGCUUCAACACAACAAUGGAGUUAGUGUCUACCCACAACAAUUAUCUAUCACAAGCCAUUUCAGAGCUGAGUGAACUUGAAGAUGCCAACUUCCUCAUCCUUGAUUUCUUUGCAGCCUUCUCUCAUAUCAUCUUGAACCCAUUUGCAUAUGGAAUCCAUGAGAUGAGUAGAUCGUGCUGUUCUAGAGAUGGAAACAUGAGUAGCUCAGUUAUUGGGUGUGCUGAUUAUGAUGAACAAGGAAGAGCUCUUUUUCAUCUGUGCAAGUCUCAAGAGGAAUUUUUCUUUUUUGAUUGGUACCAUCCUACUCAAAAGGGAUGGCAAGUGAUGAUAAAUCUUCACUACUCCCAUAAUGGGUUUGUUCAAGAUGGCUCUUUUUCUCAUCUUCAAUCUCUAGCAAAAUGGCUUUCUGACAGGGUCGGCUUGGAUUCUUAUCCUCCCAAAUUUUCACAAAAACGCAUGCAUAGGAAAGUGAAUAAUGAAUAUUAAAGCUGGGAUCACAAAUAGCCCAUUAUAAUCCAUUUUUGUUUGCUC